GAACUAACUCUGGACGACUGCAAACAGGAGUUUGCAGAAACAUUUUCUGAUCCCGAUGUUGCAGAGGAAAUGUUUCAAAAAGCUCUGAUGUUCUUCUCAUCAGGUUACACCUGCUGCGUUAAUAAAAGAGACUUUCCCUUUCCCCAGCCCAGCUCCUCUGGUCACCUGGAGGGAGGAGUGUGUUUCUGUCAGUAUGUGUCCCAGCAGCUGAGUAAAGACAAAUGGGAAUAAAAGAAACUGGACAGACAUGAACAGGACAUUCAAUCCAGCAUCAAUGCCAGUGGUGGUUCAAGACAAACAAUUCAAAUCAAAAGCCAUUCUUCUAUUUAUUAAUUUUUACAUGUGUAUAGAAUCCAAAACAAUUCUCUUUCUGUGUAUAGCCUACACUUUCCAAUUAAUUUAGUUUUUGUAUAGUCUAUAUUUUUUAUACCUUUAUCUAAAUGGAACAUUUAGUAUUACAGUGCUAGAUGUAACUUGUUUAACUUGAAGCGACUGAAAGCCGUUAAAGACGGUAACUUUUGCUUAUGAUGAAAGCCCUUCAAACAACAGAACUGUCUCUUUAACAAACACUUUGGGGAGGAUGUUUACCCAUUUAUACUCGCUGAGUUUACUUUCAGUUCUUGCUCAACUCCGUACUGAUGACUGGUGUUAACGUUUCUCUAAAUCAACAGAACCAUGAACAGUUUGUCUUUGCAGACAAUGGAGCCAAUGAACUGCAACUUGUCUCCAUACAGUCACGAUGUUCCCACACUGAGAGAUGGUGAGUGUUACCAUGUCUUCAUCAGCUACAGCAGCACUGACUAUGAGUGGACCCACUCCCUCAUUGAUCAGCUGGAGGCCUGCGGCCUGCUGGUCUGCUACCAUGAGCGUGACUUCAUUCCAGGCCGCACCGUGUUGGAGAACAUGUCUGACUGCAUCCAGGAGAGCCAGAAGGUCCUGCUGGUUCUCAGUUCAGAGUUUGUGAGGAGCCGCUGGUGUCUCCUGGAGGCCAACAUGUCUCUGUUCAGGGACUGUCUGGAGAGGAAGCCCAUCGUCCCAGUGCUGCUGGAGCCAGGAGUCUCUAUUCCUCUCCACCUCUGCCACCUCACCUACCUGGAGGCCAACGACCCCGACUUUAAGAAUAAACUGCUCAAGGUGCUCUGCACCCCCAACCAGCAGCUCCAAGGCUCCACUGUGGUCCCCUUCCAGCCUCCCUCUAUCUACAAUGGGAAGGCCCUGCAGCCUUUGACUGCUGUCAAUGAUGAGGAACUCUACAAAUGGGAUUGUGGCCGGUUCAGUGACAUGGAGGUGCCAGAUCAACUGCGCCUGAUCAUUGAGGACCACAACAAGUACAGAGAGGCUGUGAGGAUCAUCAACAGUGUCUAUGAAAACAAAGUUUGGCUGCGCCCUCUCUGGCUUAGAGUACUGAUCUACAUUGCUGGUGUAAUAUUUUUUUUACUCUUAGUAGCAUCAGGUAUGUAUUUCACAAUUAUAUUCAAUGUGGGUGACUUCUUGCCCCAAAAACGAAACACAUACCCAGUUGGUAUUUGGAUGUUGACAAUUUCAAGCCUCUACUGUAUUCCAGUGGGGUUUAUUAUUCAGCUUGGUCUCUGGCAAAUGGAUGAUGAGAAGUAUAUUCUGAGGGAGAUGCAGAAAGCUAUAGGUCAAGCAAACAUGUUGCUCUCUGAGGAGAAGGUGUUAAUCGGGAGUCGGUCCAAUUCAAAACUCUACCUGGUGUAUGUUUCUCUGGACGACUGCAAACAGGAGUUUGCAGAAACAUUUUCUGAUCAUGAUGUUGCAGAGGAAAUGUUUCAAAGAGCGCUGAUGUUCUUCUCAUCAGGUUACACCUGCUGCCUUGCUAAAAAACAUUUUCCCUUCCCCCAGCCCAGCUCCUCUGGUCACCUGGAGGGAGGAGUGUGUUUCUGUCAGUAUGUCUCCCAGCAGCUGAGUAUGGAGAAAUGGGAAUAGCAGUACCUGUGGACCUGCAAGUGAUAGUAUAUAUCCCGUUUCUGUAUUUUUUGUUUGUUUUUUUACUUAUAACCUGCCUUUAAGGGAGGUGCAAACAAGUUAGAAUCCACUUUUUUUUUGGAAGGGGAUAGCAUUAAAUCAUGACUAUACAUUACUAAGUAUAUCUUUUGUACCCAUAUCAUGUGUUGGCCCCAUUUCAUACAUUCUCUCUUCCUCAAAAAACAUGUUUUUUCUGUUUAAUCUUCACAUUUGCCAUUUAGAAAUUUGUGAGUGAUAUACAGUAUUUAUCUGAAAUGUGUCUAAUGUUACAUAAUCCACACAUAUGCCUCAGGGUUCACUUUCUCAUGAAUGAAUUUCUCCAUUUUUUCUGAACUGAGGCAUCAUAAAACAUACCUGUUAUAUAAUGAUUUAAUAUGUGUCCAGUCUGGGGCUUAGGACAGCCUGAGGUAUAAGAUUCUCUUAUCUGUUGCUCUUUUGACAAAAUGUUGUUGACCUUUCCCACUGAUGCCACCUUAUCAGAAACAAAGACCCAUUGGAGAUUUGCGCACCACCGUGUAGGACAGAAGGGGAAUCAAUAUUUGCUGUCCUUUACGACAUCCAGUAACGGGAUUCAGGAUAUGAAACAGAGACAUGACACUGCUGCCCCAGGGGUCUGUGGCAACAAAUCCUAACAAACAGUAAAAAGACACUGCUGGGAAUAUAACCCACACAGAGAUUGAAUGUCAGUGGGGUGACGCCAGGGUCACAAUGUACACAUUCAGUUCUCACUGUUCCUGAUGAGAGGUGGAAAUGUCCUCUCGACGCUGCAGUUCAAUUAGAACUUAAUUAGGAUGGAUUAAGCGUACACAUCUGAGGUAGAAAAAAAAAGCUCCUUGCUGCCGUGUUAUCAUGUUGUGUGUGUGCAAGCAUGUUGAAAGUGUAGCAUGGCGGGAUAAUUGCUAACAGAAGCGACAACAUAAAGAGAACAAGUUGUCUAAUCCUCAACAAUGACUUUCAUGCUGAUCUCUAUUAAGGCUUUAUUUCUUUUCCACAUUACAGCAAAUAUGUAUGUGUGUCUGUUUGCAAGUACAUAAAUGCUUUACAUUUUCCAUUAAGAAUAUUUUCCCUGUAACUGUAUUCUUAUCACAGCAACAUAAACAGCUUUUUGACUCAAAUGCGAUGUGUGCUUGGCAUGUUUAGUUUUCUAGAUUAGCAGUCAAAACGGCCUCAUACUAGCUGCUGUUACUCUACGCCAUGUUUUGAAUUUCAAUGGAGUUAAUUAAAAAAUAUUCCUCUGCCAUGGGGCUCAGUGUGGAGACAUGAGAGAAAACCCGCAAAAGGAAAAUGACCUGCUGAGCUAAUAAAAAAGUCCAACACA